UCAGGGGGGUUCUUUGCCAUCUGCGAGGACCGCGCUCAUGUGUUUGUGUGUUCAGUCUUAUGCACACACAAUAAACUUUUCUACCGGACACCAGAUAUAAUUUCAAAGACACCUGCACCGAAAACAAUAAUAUUCGGAACAUUUCUUCCGGACAAAAACCUUGAACUGCUCUGGAGAUCCUUUUUCUUUUGUGGCUUUUAGUACCCUUUUCAACGAUUUCUGUUUCAUUCGAAACAGGAGCUCGGAAACAUGUUGAGGAGAGGAGGUAUUUCUUUUGAAAGGUUCCCGAAGUUGGGACGCCAAUGACGCGCGAUGCAAGAGGAACACACACUCUGGGCGUCACUGAACUCAUCUAGAGGACCUCAUCUCAUCUCCUCCCCCUGCUUAACUCUACUGACCUCCUCCCCUCCUACCUCCCUCCUCCAUCCCAGUUAAAGACUCCCCCUCCUUAACUCUACUGACCUCCUACCUCCCUCCUCCAUCCCAGUUAAAGACUCCCCCUCCUUAACUCUACUGACCUCCCCUCCUCCCUCCCUCCUCCAUCCCAGUUAAAGACUCCCCCAUAUUAACUCUACUGACCUCCCCUCCUACCUCCCUCCUCCAUCCCAGUUAAAGACUCCCCCAUAUUAACUCUACUGACCUCCCCUCCUACCUCCCUCCUCCAUCCCAGUUAAAGCCUCCCCCCUCCUUAACUCUACCUCCCUCCUCCCCUCCUACCUCCCUCCUCCAUCCCAGUUAAAGACUCCCCCUACUUAACUCUACUGACCUCCUCCCCUCCUACCUCCCUCCUCCAUCCCAGUUAAAGACUCCCCCAUAUUAACUCUACUGACCUCCCCUCCUACCUCCCUCCUCCAUCCCAGUUAAAGACUCCCCCUCCUUAACUCUACUGACCUCCUACCUCCCUCCUCCAUCCCAGUUAAAGACUCCCCCAUAUUAACUCUACUGACCUCCCCUCCUACCUCCCUCCUCCAUCCCAGUUAAAGCCUCCCCCCUCCUUAACUCUACCUCCCUCCUCCCCUCCUACCUCCCUCCUCCAUCCCAGUUAAAGACUCCCCCUACUUAACUCUACUGACCUCCUCCCCUCCUACCUCCCUCCUCCAUCCCAGUUAAAGACUUCCCCUCCUUAACUCUACUGAGCUCCUCCCCUCCUACCUCCCUCCUCCAUCCCAGUUAAAGACUCCCCCUACUUAACUCUACUGACCUCCUCCCCUCCUACCUCCCUCCUCCAUCCCAGUUAAAGACUCCCCCUCCUUAACUCUACUGACCUCCCCUCCUACCUCCCUCCUCCAUCCCAGUUAAAGACUCCCCCCCCUUAACUCUACUGAGCUCCUCCCCUCCUACCUCCCUCCUCCAUCCCAGUUAAAGACUCCCCCUACUUAACUCUACUGACCUCCUCCCCUCCUACCUCCCUCCUCCAUCCCAGUUAAAGACUCCCCCCUCCUUAACUCCACCUGUGAGAAGAAAGCUAGUGGGCGGGCCCACUGUAUGAUUCCAUUACCCACUUCUUAACACCUGUGAAACACUGACCAAUCACCAUGCAGACAUCAUCUCUCCGCCGCCAGGUGAAGAACAUGGUCAACCAAUACUCAGAGGCAGAGAUCAAGGUCCGCGAGGCGACCUCCAACGACCCGUGGGGCCCCCCCUCCUCUCUGAUGUCAGAGAUCGCUGACCUGACCUUCAACGUGGUGGCGUUCACUGAGGUCAUGGGUAUGAUCUGGAAACGCCUCAACGACAGCGGGAAGAACUGGAGACACGUCUACAAGGCCCUGACUCUACUCGACUACCUGAUCAAAACAGGCUCGGAACGUGUGGCGCAGCAGUGCAGGGAGAACGUCUACACCAUACAGACCCUACGGGACUUCCAGUUUACAGACAGGGAUGGCAGGGACCAGGGGGUGAAUGUUAGGGAGAAGGCCAAGCAGCUGGUGGCCCUGAUGAGGGAUGAGGAGAGGCUGAAACAGGAGAGGACCCUGGCCCUGAAGACCAAGGAGAGGAUGGCUGGAGCAGCCGCAGGGUCAGGGAUGGGCUCUGGUUCUCUACCUCCACCCUACCCAGGCCGCCGUACCAGCCAGCCCAGCAUGACUGCUCUCUACGGGGAUGACUUCAGCCGGUCCAGGGAGUCCCAUUCCUCUUUCAAUUCCGCCUCUUCCUCUCCUCGCCGUGCCGCAUCAGAUAUGGAGCAGGCCCGCCCGCAGACCAGCGGGGAGGAGGAGCUACAACUGCAGCUGGCUCUGGCCAUGAGCCGAGAGGAGAGUGAAAAGCCUGCUCCCCCGGUGGACAUUGAUGACCAGACCCAGCUCCAGAUCGCCCUGAGCCUCAGCAAGGAGGAAGCUCAGAAGCCGGCCUCGCCUCCUCCGGUUGCCUUGGAUAUGGAUGAAGAGAGACAGCUCCAGAUCGCCCUGAGCCUGAGCAAAGAGGAGCACCAGCAGGUAGUGCCCCUGGUAGUGCCCCUGGUAGUGCCCCUGGUAGUGCCUCUGGCCCUAUCCCAGAUGGCAUCCUAG